AUGGUCGACACCAAGGAGCAAACCGCUACGGCCUCGAGCGCCAUAGCCUCCAACCAUGGCGAAGACUUUCACUAUGUACGACGCGGUUCCAUCGUUACAGGUACAGCAGCCGACCCAGACAUCGAAGGUUACGAUGCCGAACGCAUGCGCGCGCGAGCCCUUCUCUCCGCCGAGGAGGAGAAGAAGCUUCUUCGGAACAUCGAUUGGCGCCUCAUGACCCUCUGUUCCAUUAUGUUCCUGCUCAAGAACAUCGACGCGGACAACGUAUCCAAUGCGCGUGUUAUGAACAAAGGCAGUCCAACAAACAUCAUGAACCAGCUUGGAAUGACUUCGAACGAGUACAAUCUGGUCACUACGUUGUAUUAUGUUCCGUAUAUUGUUGCUGAGGCACCUUCGAAUCUCUUGAUCAAGAAAUUACUGCCUUCGCGUUGGCAGUCGCGAAUCAUGGUUACUUGGGGCAUUGCGUUGGCUUGUCAUGCUGCUGUGACGAAUAAGGAGGGUUUGUAUGUUGCGAGGUUCUUUCUUGGACUUUUUGAGGCGGGACUAUUUCCUGGUGUCAUACUACAAAUGUGCUACUGGUAUCGACCUGACGAAAUGUCCGUCCGAUUACUCUAUUUCUAUAUCCUGGGUAACCUCUCCGGCGUCGUAAGCGGGCUCCUUGCCUUUGCCUUCUCCCACCUAGACGGUGCCCACGGUCUCUCUGGUUGGCAAUGGAUCUUCCUCGUGGAGGGUAUCAUCACCAUCGCCUUCGGCAUCACCGUAUACUGGAUCUUCCCCGAUUUCCCACCGCAGGCAAAAUGGCUCACCGAAAAAGAAAAGGCCUUUAUCCAAGCGCGUCUCCCCGGAAACGCACCGCAAGCCGCAGAAAUGAACUUCAACUGGCGUGAAAUCGUCGAGUCGUUGAAGGACAUACGACUUUGGGUUUUCACGCUCAUCUGGGCGCUGUUUACCAUUGGAACUAGCGGUGUCCGCUUCUAUCAACCUACUGUGAUAGCGGAUCUUGGGUACACUGAUAUUGCAUCCGCGCAGCUUCUGAACUUACCUAUUUCGAUCUUUAGCAUUAUCGUCAUUGGUAUCACCGGAGCAUCCGCUGACAACGGGCGACUACCACGGCCGCUGUAUCCACUGUCUUUCCUGAUCGUUAUUCUGGCUUGUAACGGCUUAACGUCCGCAUGGUACCCGAUGAUGUGGCCAUGGCGCGUACAGACGACAUCCAAAGCCACAGGCUCUGCGUUCUCCAUCGGCUUCGUCAAUAGUUAUGGUCAGAUCGGUGGAGCUAUCGGACCGCAUCUGUUCCAAAGCAGAUAUGCACCACACUACGGCGUCAGUUUCGGCAUCGCGAUGAGCUUCGUAUCAGCUUGUAUCCUAACGACCUUGGGGACGUGGUGGAUGACGCGAAAGUCGGAGCAGGAUACACGGAGGCUCAAGUUAGCAAGGGUGAAGGCUCAGAAGAGGGGAGAGACAGUGCUGGAUGAUGUAGUCGACAACGACUUGAGAAAGCCGGUCAAGGGUGGAAGUAAUUCGGAUGAUAGUGCGGAUGAUGCAAAGAAUCAGAAAAUCAAAGACCUAUUGUUUGGCCCAUUUCUUGAGGCCGAUGUUGCCGAAGACACUGUGAUGGAGAAGCAGUGGCUUGAGGUGUUGGAGUAA